CUGUCCAUUGAGUCGUUUGAUGCUUGCAACGCAUGCGAAAGCGACGCCUUGGUGCCUAGUUUAGUGUAGUGCUAUUGCACCAUUGCAACGCCACCAUCUUUCAUCAUUCCCAUCCACCGCUUCGACCGUCGCCAUUCCUGGUUUCGGACUUCCCUGAACAAACAUAGAAAGUCGAACGGAAGCUUGGGUUUUGCACCACUGCCAGUGCGAUUCCAUGAUCUAAGCCCUAACAUCGCAGUACUGGGCCAGAAGAUUGCGAUUGUCUCCUGAUGUCCCAUGUUCCUGUUUGGAAAGAAACCUCUACGUUCCUUCUGCUAGUGGCCUGCUGGCUAUUACCUAAGCUCAAACUUGACCGCCGUGCUAUUUGCAAACCUUCCUCGUAAAAAAAAAAAUAGCAGAAAGCAAAAUUAGGCGAAUCAUCACAAAGCAAGUAGCGUGGAAGAGGGAGGAAGAGAAAAGGAAAGGGGUUCGCGAUCGAAAAGAGGUCGCCGGAAACGCAUAAGGCUUCCGGUUAUCGUCACCUGUCCGCAAUCGUUUCGGAUUUUGUUCCUGGUUUGAUGCUUCACAGCUUCUGCAAGAGUUUUGACACCACCAAAGCGACAUGAUGUUCACGUCUUUUGCGAUACUCGCGUUUCUUGCCUCCGCAUCUUCUCGGCGUGUCCUGGCAGCCCCACCUAAAAGCAGCAAAGCGGUCGCCAGUGACAGUUAUCCGUGCAAGUCAGUAUUCGACCCAGCAGUUCCCUUCGGCAUGAGGUUCUUUGAACGUUGGCCGCAAGAGAUCCGCGCAAAGCACAUGUCCUGUCACAAUAUAACAACAGAGGAAGCUUUGGAGCGAGACCGGUCGUACGACGCGCAGAAGGCCAAGUGCAUGGCCGCCGUGCUGCCUUCGGUGGAGGCGUCGAAGCGCGAGAAGGAGGCCUGCCGCAUCGUCGUCGAGGCCACCAAUAUGAGCAGCGCCGCCUUCUGGACCGUGACGCAGGUGCGAAGGUGCAUAGCGGACAGCGUAAUGUUUCCAGACGCCGAUGAGGAGCAGCUUGACCUGGAGUCAAAGCAUGCGCUGUGCCUCCGCGAGGCGCUCCCAGACACGCCGGAGGCCGACAGGGCCGACGCAUUUCGCCGAGCCGCCAAGGAGGCCAACGCCCUCACGAGACGACACACUGACCUCAGGCAGAAGUUGGAAACCUGCAUGCACGAAUACCUGCUGCACAUAGAGGAACAGCGCGAGUACCGUCAACUCCUGCCCGAAUGCCAGAGAAAGCUACUCCCCGGACUCGACCCCGAGGAGCUACAGGAGACACUCGACUCGGCGCUCGAAAACGGGAAUCUCAGCCUUUACGUUCAGAUACACACGUGCGUCUACCUCGAGACGACUAAAGGACAGUGGGAGCUGCAGAACUUCCACGUGGUUCAAGCGUGCGCUCAGCAGGUGUACGACAACACCACUAACGAAGCCAUGAGGUCCCAGCUGCUGGCCGAAUAUGAGAAGUACAUGGACAACGCGACCAUAGAAAAGAUCCUCGCAUGCCACGCCAGACGUCUCUAUCCUGAGGUGAAGAAGCAGGACGAGAGCGGCGAAAUGGUCGUGCAGUGCCGAUCGCCUGCGCUGCCCGGCCACGGAACCAAGAAGUUCCAGGACACCGAGGCCCUGCGCAUGCGCAACAUGGUAGCCCGACAGGUUGGAGAGUGCAUUCGAAAGCGUUCCACGGUGACAGAGGUGACCCGUCGAUACGAAGAACGACUGAGGACCGUGUACGCCCGCUCUAACAGCGCCGCCGAAUGCGCCAGCAAGCUGUUCCGUCAGUCCGGCAUCAAGAACACGCGUUAACAUACUUCAAGGCUUUGGUGCGUGUAAAGAAAGCCAUUGUGUUCAGUGAAUCAUAAUUACUAAUAAAAAAACAUUUCACCUUUUUUCUGAGCCAA